UGCAAAUACCAAUGACAAACAAAUUGGUCCCACUAUCCCUCUCAAUCAAAAGCGUCUUUUCCUUUACUUGCUUUAAUCAAUUUCCUAAUUUAUUUAAAGAAACAAUUAUCUUCCUCUUCCCCCUUCAUUACUUGGUUCAGCUGUCUUUUCUCCUGGUUAUUCAUUCUCCAGAUAUGUCAACUCUCCCACCUCCACCUCCAUCUCCAAUUCCACCUUCACCUCUACCUCAACCCCCAGCGCAGAGGCAUAUCCGACACUCACCCCAAGCCCCACGGCAAACCACACCGGUCUCUCUCAACCAAAUUAUCAUAUCAAAGCUUGCUACAAAUCGAAAAGUUCCAGCACCUGAUGCAAUAGAUCAGGUCUCCAGUAAAUCAACAAAGCAACCAAUACUCCGGCAACCUCAACGGACCAAGCCACUUAUAUGGUGUUGUGCAAUUGUGUGUCUUAUAUUCAGCCUUAUUCUUAUCAUCUUUGGAAUUGCAACUUUGAUCAUCUUCCUAGUUGUUAAACCAAAAACUCCGUUGUUUGACAUCCCCAAUGCAAGCCUCAACACCAUAUACUUUGACUCACCAGAGUAUUUCAAUGGUGACUUCACUUUCCUGGCAAAUUUCUCCAACCCAAAUCGGAAAAUCGAUAUAAGAUUUGAGUACCUGGAUCUGGAGCUUUACUUUUCUGACAGGCUCAUAGCAACUCAAUCUCUUGGACCUUUCACUCAAAGACCUGGAGAAGGAAGGUUGGGAUCAGUUCGCUUAAUAUCAAGCUUGGUUUACUUGCCUGAGAAUCACGCUGUGGCUCUUCGAACACAGAUGCCAAUUACAGAUGACGGGCCCACCAACUGGUGUUUUAGUUGCGCGAAGUUGCAAAACUAAAAGAUGAAG